AUGGCUCACUUUAGUUACUUACCGAAAGAAGUUGAGGACGAACUCAGAGCUAAUGCCAACGCCAUCGUCGCCCCCGGGAAGGGAAUAUUAGCGGCCGAUGAGAGCACCGGAACAAUGGGUAAACGGUUGCAAUCGAUCGGUGUUACCGACAAUAACGAGGACUUACGCCGACAGUACAGACAACUGUUGUUUUCGGUGGACCCGGAUGUGGUUACGACCUCUGCGACUCCAGAAUAUGUCAACAUUUAA